CUCUUUUCCUCUUACCCUCUUACUCUCAUUACACACUUAUUCAUUUCUCAUUCUUCUCAUUCUUUGUCUUACCCUCUUUCCCUCUUUCUCACACAUUUUAUUCUCCUUGCUUACUCAUUCUGUAAUAGCCUUGACUUGGGGAUAAAGAAUAUUUUACGAACAACGAAACGCAAUCGAUACCCCCACUCCACUCUUCUCUCAACCUCUAAAUAAUAACACAUAGCCAGCUAUGUCAGGACACAUUCACUCAACGACCAUGCCCACCUCCUCCUCGCAGCCAUUGCUGCAGGCCACUCCCGGCAAACGUAUUGCUCUUCCUGUCCGUGUGGAACCAAAGGUCUUUUUUGCUAACGAGCGCACCUUCUUGUCGUGGCUCAACUUCACAGUCUUGCUCGGAUCUCUCGCUAUUGGCCUAUUGAAUUUUGGUGACAGGAUCGGUCGCAUCGCAGCAGGCAUCUUUACAUUGGUAGCUCUACUUGUCAUGGUUUAUGCACUGGCAACCUUCCACUGGAGAGCAGACAGGAUCCGUAAAAGACUACCUGGUCCUUAUGAUGACCGUUUCGGACCUACAGUUCUCUGUGUCUUCAUCUUGGCUGCUAUUGUAAUCAACUUUGGUCUUCGGUUUGCUGAUGACCACCAUAACUAGACACGUACGAAGGGAUCGACUCGGAAAAAAAAAAAAAACCUCCCCAGCAUGUAUCCAUUUCAUUCUGAAAACACCAGCUUGUCUUUCCUUCUUUUCUUUUAUAUAUAUACAUAUAUUUCCUUUACUACUUAA